AUAUAGUCACAUUUCAUAUCUACGCGUGCUUGGGCUGUGAUUUUUCUUUCUUUCUUUCUUUUUUUUUUUGCAUGGUGUGUCUGACGGAAUUUGUGACUGCAUGCAGCCCACCUUACUACAGCGAGGUUCGCGUCAAGCUCCGCAGCGAAACGCAGGUGCUACGCAAAGCUGCAGAUUGUUGGAUGCCGCUAUCACCUCCCUUGGUGACUGUUCCAGCGAGAGGUCGCGAAAUUUUUGGAGCUAGCGCGCGGCUGGCAUGUGACAGUGCCCCGUCGUCGUCGUCGCCGAGCACAAGCGCAAGCAUGAGCGGCGAAAAGUUCCCCGACAUCCGAGUCGUGGUCGGGAUUGAGUACUUCAGCGAUGUGCCGGUCUCGACCAAGUGCCACCCCACGGUCCUGGGAGCCGUGGUGCUCGAGAGCAGUGCCAUCAGUGCAGACGAACUGCGGCGCAUCAUGUGCGACCAGCUGCCCUCGCUGCCGACCCACUUCACUUUCGUUACCAAGGAGAGGUGGCCUGUCCAGAAGACGCAGGAGCACCUCAUCCGGGUCUCUCACCUCAUGACGGAGGACAGGAUAGUCAGCAUUUGUAGGCAUUACGAAAAGCCGAGGAUAGGAGUCAUGUCGACAGGCGGCAGCUCCCUAGGGUUUGUCUUCAGCGACUACAACGCUGCCUUGAGGCAGUUCCGGGAAGCCAUCAUUGAUCAGUUGCACGAACCCAAGAGGGCCGGGCGGCCAGAGUUCCGGUUUGUGGAGGACAACGGCUGGCCGGUGACCACGCGCCAGGAGACGUCGCUGACGGUGCUGGACGUUAUGAGCAACCGGAGCCUGUUCAUUCAGAUGGGCGCACAGCCCACGGGUGACGUGGCACCCAACAGCAUCAUGGCGCCUCCGCUGAGCAACGCCCUGGUGGCGCAACGCUCGUCUCAGGCUCCCAUGGCAGCGCUUCCCGCCGAGGAGUGGGAUGGCAAGCGCAAGAAGUCCGUGCGCUUCGGCAGAAAUGAACCAAAGCCCAUUCUUAUAAGUUAUGUACGAGCCGAGACGGCACAACAUGCUCUGAACCUCAAGCAGGAGUUGCACAAAAUGAACUUCAGUGUAUACCUAGACAUUGAUGAGAUCAAGAUCGGAAGCGACUGGCAGGAUGCACUCAAUUAUGCAGUGAGCGAGUGCCACUUAUUUGUACCUCUGAUCAGUCCCAUGUACGGCAAGACACAGUGGACAAACCGAGAGGUCAAGCUAGCAGAUGUGCUUCACAAAGUGAUCAUCCCUGUCAACUUCCUCGAGACCUGGCCACCAGAGUGCCUUGCUAUUCAGUUUGCAUCCACUCAGUACAUUGCAGCUUGGAAGGCUUCAGAACAUGAGACCGGCCAGGGCAAGCAGAACAGGCCAAUCGAUCAGAGCCCUGACCUUGGAGCACCUACUGGCUCUACUCCUACGGGAGAAGGGUACAAAUAUGACUACAGAGUGUGGGAUGAAACUAACUUGAAGCGAGUUGCCAAAGAGAUUGCUGAACGCUACAGACAGACAGUCAAGAGGGAACAAAUUGCCGAACGUCGAAGCAAGACAUCCAGCUUAAAGAUCAAGCGAAUUUCUCACAUAGGCACUCUCGCCACCGUUGAGGAGCAGUCAACAAUGCGAGUCAGUUCUAUAUCAGAAGCAACCGCUGCCAUUUGUACAACAGAAUCGCUCGAACCUGUGGAGACCAAGGAGCUCAUUGUGAUAACAGCACAUCCCAAACAAAAGGAGAUGGUACAAGUUAUUGCAAGAAUGCUUGAGCAAGAUGGGUUCAGGGUCUGGAGCACAACAGAGUUGAAUGAAGCAAGAGACAGCUGUUCAGACACAGAAAGCAUUCCCACCAACCCUAAUACACCUCGGGAGCUUGCACCCAUUCCAGAGGGUGAAAGAGUCUUUAGUGACACUUACAGGGAGGCCAACAACCGCAUCCUGGAACACAAGCGGCUAAGCUCACUUCGAGAGCAGGAAGCACCUGGAUAUGCCACAUAUUCUGUCACAGAAGGUCGUUCUGUGUGCCGCCUUACAUCCCAGGCCAGUGAUGCGAGCGUUGUAUCUAUGCUUGCGGGAGAGAAACUAGAAAAAUUGACUCGAUUCCAACAAAAGGCUGUUCAGGCCAAAGUUGUAAUUGUUUUGAUUACAAAGGAAUUCACAGCAUCACGCACCUCUGAACAACAGGUAUUCUAUAUUGAACACAGGAAGCGUGUAGUUCUGGUCAAGUGUGAUGACUGCCCAAUUCCAUGCUGGUUUACAUCACUAAUGGGCAAUGACAUCAUUUCGAGGGAUAACCCCGAAUUUGAAAACAUACUGAGGAUCCGGAUAAGGCGAGCAACAAGCCCCGACACUUCAGAAACCCCAAAGGAUGCUGCCGCAGAAGCCACAAUGCAAUGCUUGGUAAGUUUCAUCAAGAAGGAAAUUCCAUCUCUGGAAACAUGCGUGUACAUUGCUGGGAGCAGCAAGCUGCAGUCAACAAGAUCAGUCGAAAUAUGCAGGGAGAUUGGCAAGGAGCUUGCAAAGAGGCCCAACCUGGCUGUUGUCACAGGAGGAUUCUUUGGAGCACCUGAUGUUGUAGCCAGGACAUUUCAUGAAUGCCGAGUCAACAAUGGCCACACUGACCCUCGAGUCUUCCACAUACUGCCCAAGCGAGAUGACAAGAUGUUCACUGGCAAAGUGCAGCAGAACAGUGAUGGUUCUUUUGCGGCAAUCAACUACGGGAGAAACCUGUUCCUCGGGAAUUCAGUCAAAGAACGUGAAAGUGCAGUGGCACGUGCUUUUGACACAUGCAUCGUGGUAGAAGGUGGUCCUUGUGCAGCUCAUGAGGUUGAACAAUUCGUCUGGAGUGACCACUUUGUUGUGCCUGUAGUCUCAACUGGAGGAGCAGCUGGUGGUCAGUUUGGUGUGCCUCUGAAGAUUCUAGAGACCCCACAUGGCAUCACUGAAGAGAAGUGGUCUGUGCUGUCUGAGAAAGAAGCACCCCCUACUGAAGUGGCCAAGGCUGUUGUGGAGAUUGUUGUGCAACUCAAACGAGCCAUGAUUUCCCACACCAAAUCACACUUAGUGCGUAACAAGUAUAAAAAGCUCAAGAAGCGCAACAAACACAGCCGGGAACCAGCUGAGCAGCAGACAACAGACGCUUCGCACACCACCGACUCUGGUCCCACCCCGAGUGUAAAGAGCACAGUGUCAUUCCGAACCAUGUCCCACUGGCAAAGGAUACUGAACUACUUUCGCAAGAAGUCCACUUCCUAG